CGAAAAAGGAGGAGAUGAGACCAGUACGAUAGGGAAGAAGGGUCGUGCAGGACUUUUCCCACCCCUCCCUAUAAAACACAAAGGUAGGGAAGGAGAUCGGUGCAGGAAAAGAGAGAGAGAGAGAGAGAGAGAGAGAGAGAGAGAGAGAGAGAGAGAGAGAGAGGAAAAUAGAGAGACAAGGAUUGCAGCUAGCGUCAGUCGGCAGCCGAGAGAGGAUAGGAGGAAGAAGAUGAGGAAAAAAGAGGAAGAAAGGCCGUUGCUACGCGCGGCGGUGCGCAGGAGAAGAAGACGUUUUGCGCGACAGCUCGACAUGUGUUUGGCUGUUCCGCAGCUCCCUUCGGCAUGAUUCCACCAGAUCUGUGCUGGAUUUGAGGGCGUGAAGCACUCUGCGGUGAAUUUCGGCUAAUCCGCAGCGACGAUCGGUGGCGAGCGGUAACGACCGGUGGUGGGCAGCGGCAGUGCGUGUGGAGGCGCAUGGACUUCUGAUGGUUGUGCGCAGUGAGUCCUAAAGACCUGCUUCCAGUAGGUACGCAGACCAGAAUUACAUCAUUCUCAAGGAUUCUGAAAAUGGCGAAAUUCAAUUUUGUCAGAGAUGGAGCCAUGAGACUACCUCCUGGUUUCAGAUUCCAGCCAACAGAUGAAGAGCUUGUUUUUCGGUACCUCAAAUGCAAGGUCUUCUCUUUUCCCUUGCCGGCUUCCAUCAUUCCUGAUGUCAAUCUUUGCAAGUACGAUCCUUGGGAUCUGCCAGGUGAAUUGGAGCAAGAGAGGUACUUCUUCAGCAGUAAGGAAGCCAAAUAUCGAAAUGGGAAUCGGAUCAAUAGAGCAACUGUUUCGGGUUAUUGGAAGGCAACUGGAUCAGACAGGCAGAUUUCAUCUCCAAGAAAGAAUCAGAUGGUUGGGAUGAAGAAGACCUUGGUUUUCUAUAAAGGCAAACCUCCUCAUGGUUUUAGAACCAGCUGGGUCAUGCAUGAAUAUCGCCUUGUUAACACAUAUCCAUAUCAUAACCAUAAUUUAACCCAGAAUGUGCUGAGCGAAAUGGAGAAGUGGGUUAUUUGUCAUGUGUACAUGAGGAAAAGAUCAAGCAGUGAUCAAAAUGAUGAUGGGGAUCACGUUGGUGCUAAUCAAGGUUACAAAAAUUAUAAUGCUGAGAUGGGUCAGCUUAAAUUCUUUGAUUUUGUAGUGAGAGAUGGCGAGAAGAUUGGUACUAGUUCAGGUCCUAAUUGUUCCUCUUCGUCAUCGUCGAAUUCCAGUGGCAUCACUGCAGCCUCUUCGAGUGAAUCAGAUGAUCUUGAAGAAAGCAGUGCCUUCUGAUCAACUAAUUAUUAUUAAUGUUAAUUAUUGUCUAUGAUUAUCAUGCGCCAUAGCUAUAUUCAUUGAAGGACUAAUAUGGGUGCCUUUCAAAGACGAAUCAUUGAUCAAUACCAAUUAAAAUUGAUUGGUUUAAGCAAUUGAUUUGUGUAUUAAUUAUGGUAUGCUUUAUUAUGAUAUAUCUAUAACUUGUAAUGUAAGCUUGCAGCAGAUUUUGUUUGGUUAAUUCUUACAAUCACUUCGACUUGAAGCAAAAUGAUAAUUUAAGCAAAUUGAGAGAUGAUCAGAAUCAGUAGCUAGUUGGCAAAGAUUCUUCAACUUUUCAUAUCAAAAGACAAGGAAGAGAAUAUGGGGAUAUCGCUAAGAGAGAAGAAUAUUAAAAGGCAGAAAAGCUUUAUAUAUAUCCAUCGACUUUGCAUAAAGACUUCUUGGUGCCAAAGCACA